GAUAAAGUCGCUCUAAACAGUCAACACAAGAAAUGCUGCUGUGGCUUUAAAGUAUGUGAGAUUCAGAGAUUUGAGAAAUAAAUUCAGUGAUUUUUAAGGAGACUCGCGUUGAUUUGUAGAGAUCAGAAUGGUCCGGAAAAGUUCAUCUAAACUCGGCUCUCAGAUCUCUGGGAUCAAACAUCUCUCUCUCCUGGAUCCGGCCCCUCCAGAACCUGCAGUCCAUCAGACCGACCCCUCUGAACCAGGAGUGACUCCCGACGUCAUCCCGGACCAGGUUUACCUGCACGCUGCCAUGAUAUUCCAGUACAAACACUUGGAGAAGCCCGCCGCUCACAGGGUCAUCAGCUAUGGGAAAAGGUCAGAGGUCAGCAUUCCUGCCGCCAGGGACGAAGCAUCUCAGCGGUUAGCGUACCAACUCGCCUUCAACACGCUCAAAUAUCAAGCGCUAUUGGAGGACGUUCUGAUUGACAGCUGCUUCGGUGUCUCUCAGCCAAUGGCAGGUGAUUGGAUGAGUCUGGUGGCGGUCAUGCUCACUGACCUCAUGGACAGGAAGUUUCUCCCACGCAUGCAACCUGUCAAUCAGGAGGAGCAGGAAGUGGUCAGAGAGGUGCGAGAGGUGGAGGCGUGUCUUCUGAGGCGUAAGACUAAACUCAUUGCAUCUCUGGCUCGAUGUCGGAUCAAACAUGAUCUUCUGACCAUUGACAACAUCCUGCCCAAGAACAUACAACACAAACAAGAGAGAGCGUCUCACCUGCCGCUGUACGCAUGGGUCAACACGCUCCGAACCAGUUUAGAGGAGGUCAUCGGUGUGUUACACACAUCAGGGUUCUCUUGCGUUAAAUCUGUCGGGCAGUUGGAAGGACGGAGCUUCUGUAAGGACCCGCACUGUCACGACCUGCUCGUGUUUCCCAACAGUGUGAAAACUGAACUGACCAACACCGGACUACUGACAGACUACACACUCAUUAUACAGGAUAAGUCGUGUUGUGUGGGACCCUGGGCGCUGCGACCCCUACUCUCUGAUGGAGGCGACGUCCUCAUGGCGGGAUGUUUCUCCGCGCUGACGGUCGCACACGUGGCUGCAGUGACUGCGUCUGCGCACACACACACUGAAACACACACGUUGAACACAGUGUUUGUGUGUUUAGAAGAUCGACUGCUUUCACAGAGAGAAGAACUGCAGAAAACACUCAUCAAACUGGGCUGCCAGAAUGUGAAGUUGCUGUCAGACUCUCUUCACACUCUGGAUGUUUCCGACUCGCGUCUUCAGAAGGUUCAUGUGAUCGUUUUGAUGCCAGUGUGUUCAAUGUCUGCUGUGAGCAACCCUGUAGAUUAUAUAAUGCAGGAAAACAGAGACAUUGAACUCCUGCUGGAUCUGUCUCAGGGUGCCAUUUCUCCAGAUAAACUCCAGACGCUCGUGUGCCAACAGAUAACAGACCUGGAGCGCGCCCUGCUCUUUCCUAAGGUGCGUUCAGUACUGUACUCCACGUGUUCAAUGUACUCGGAGGAGAACGAGAAGCUGCUCGAGAGAGUUCUUUCAGGAUCACAGGAGAACAGCUCCACAGCGCCGCCCUACAGGUUGACUGACCCAGAUCUCCUUCAGCACUCUGUGAAUGAAGAUAAAGAGAAGGACAAAUUCUUCAAACUAGAAGCAUCGGAUCAUAACAACGGCUGUUUCAUUGCGCUGCUCACAAGAGAGCCUGAACCAGAAGUGAUCGAAACGCCACAGGAAGUGAUUGCUCGCGCUGCAGCUAAAGGCUUGUUAGACGGCAUCCUCCCAAACCAGCCAAUCAAGAAAGAAGGGCGGGGCAGAAAGUCUCGCAGAGCACCUGCCAAUCACACACUUCCUGUGAAGCCCCGCCCACACAACACACAGAGCAACCAGUCGCGUGUGGCAGAGUUUCUGAAGCGCGAGAUGAGAACCAGCAGCUCAGAGGUGUCGGUGGCAGAUAAACCCGCUAGGUCUCGACGCCCCUCUGUGGGUGUUUUCUCCAGAGCAGGCUCCGCCCCUAAUCCCGCCUCCAGUUCAUCCCAUAAGACACGAUUGAUUGUCGGUGCAGUAUCCACCAAUGGGCAUCGUUCCCCUGUGUCUCUAACCCCUCCCCCUGCUCCUCCAAAAGUCCGACAGGAAGUGCUGCAGCCAACAACGUUAACAUUUCCUCCCGUACUGUUCCACAAUAACGGCGUUCUUCCUCUGUGGCGGAGCCACGCCCCUCCAGCAGUCAGGCCAAACCCCGCCCACACGUACCUCCCCAUCACGUCAAUGCCAGCCCGCCCUCGAUCCCAAACCCCCUUCAGAGUGAGAUUUCAUCCACUGCGCCCAUGGUUAUAAUAUACGUAUUAUUAUGCACGCUAAUGCAUAGUUACU